AUGACGAUUAAACUUGUACUUGUAGUAGGCCGCAGAGCAAAGACAAAAGAAGACGAGAAUAGCAACGCCUGUAUUGUGAGCUUGGUGGAGAACAAGAACAUGGAGGAUGCUACAGAAUCACCGGCUAUACACCCAGCAAUAGCACCACUCUCAUACCUGCUGGGCACAUGGAGAGGCCGAGGGGAAGGUGGGUUUCCCACCAUCAACUCCUUCUCUUACGUUGAACAACUCCAUUUCUCUCACUCUGGCAAGCCCUUCAUAGCUUACACUCAGAAGACCUGGAAAUUGAACUCCGGGGAGCCUAUGCACGCUGAGAGUGGCUUUUGGAGACCCAAACCAGAUGGUACUAUUGAAGUUGUCAUUUCCCAAAGCACUGGCCUUGUUGAAGUUCAGAAAGGGACAUACAGUGCAGAAGAGAAAUUCAUAAAGCUUCAAAGUGAACUUGUCGGCAAUGCUUCUAAGGUGAGAGAGAUAACCAGAGUUUUUAAGUUGGUAGAUGAAGAACUGUUUUAUGAGGUUCAGAUGGCUACAAAUCUCACAAGUCUUCAACCACAUCUGAAAGCUUCGCUCCAAAGAAUCUGAAGCAACUAUGUUGAAGAAAAAGUGAAGUUUACAAAUUAGGCUCGGAUUUCUAUUCGUAGGUCAUUGCUCUUAUGAAUUUGUUGCAGCUAUCCUCCAGAUUCCACUGUGGCCCAAAGCGGAUAUUAGAGGUAGAAAGAAAAACCAAGAUAGAUAUUUGCUUUUUUGUAAAUUUAUGGUUUCAUCCCUCGACUUGGUAAUUUCUAGUGAUACAUGAAUAAUCCUUGCGCAAGCUUUGGAUUCA